GCGCGUCGACUCGACGCUCGUCCGGUUGAUGGUUCGCGUCGACUCAACGCUCAUUUGCUUCGCGCGCGUCGACUCGACGCUCAUCAGUACGGAGCUCGCCGAUUCGACGUUCAUCGAUAUGGCAUACACGGACUCGACGCUCAUCAAUGUGGUCCGCGUCGUCUCGACGCUCAUCAGUAUGCACUGCGUCGACUCGACGCUCAUCGGCGUUGCAUGCGCCGACUUCAUGUUCAUUAUAGCAUGCGCCGACUCGACCCUCAUCAGUUCGGUCCGCGUCGACUCGAUGCAUAUCUUCAUGGACCGCGUCGGCUCGAGGCUCACUGGCGUUGCGUGCGCCGACUCGACGCUCACUGGACAGAAGUCUGUCAUCCUGAAG